AUCAUGAAUCCUCUAAAGCUUCUGCACCUGUCCAACAGAUUGUUGGUGAUCCACUUGUCUAUUUUCUUGACAAUUAUCAAGACAAAUACCGCCAAGUUUAUCAAUCAUUAGCACUCAUGGAACGCGGUGAGAUGGUGAGUUUUUCCUAGCUUAGUGGGUUUCCUUACAAGUAACUUAAUAAUUUCAGGCCUCAUUGUUUCACAUGUCUCAAUUUGGUUUGAAGGAUAAAACGUUAGAUUCAAGUGCCAACCUGCACAAGAUUCCUAAUGUUCUAACUGUUCGCUAUAACGCAUGGCAUUACCGGAAUGAGUUAGAAGCAUGGGCAGGCUUGGCUGUUACAAUAACAAAGGCGAUGGAAGAAUCAAUGACAGAGUCCCAGAGAAUUAGGUCUCGCUGGCGAUACACAAAGAAUGAACGAGGAGGCGAAAUACUUCUACAGUUUCUUUUGCCGUGCAUCCUUGCUCUUUUUCUUUCGGGUUCGGCUACUUGGACAGUCUGGAUGUUGUUAAGAAGAUCAAAGCACAGUGAUCUCGAAGGCUUAAAAUAUGGAUCGAUAGCUAUAACUCUAGUAGUAAUUUUUUGGACUGUAAUGAGACAGUUGCUUUCUGUUUUUAAACCUGUCACUGUUCAAGUUAUGAAAUAUAUUCAUCUGCCUGACCAUAGCACAAAUCUCGGUUAUCAGCAUCAAGUCAUAUCUGACAUCAAAUUCUUAAAAGAACAAAUUUGUGAAAAACCUUCUUUGCUUUGGAAAUUCCUUGCUGGCAAUUGGCUAUGGGGUGACACUGUCGAAGGCACGUCCAUUCCGAAGUCACAUCCGCCUUCCAAAAAUGAUCUUCGCAUGAUUGUCUUUGUUGACGAUUUAGAUAGGUGCGAAGACACCGUCAUUUUAAAGGUACUCUCUGCAGUUAAUUUGGUCUUAGCGGUUUGCGACAUCAACGUGAUUCUUGGAAUGGACAAAAAAAUGAUCUCUAGAGCAAUAGCAAAUAAUUAUCAAAACCAAUAUCAAGACAAUAAUAAUUCAAAUGAGGUUGAUGCGGAUAAUUUGGCGGAGAAAUAUUUACGCAAGAUAAUUCAGCUAACCUUGGCCUUGCCAGAUCUUGGCAAUGAUGAAAGAAAAGAGUUUCUAAAUCAGCAGUUGGGUGUGGAGAUCAAGGAAAUUGGCAACGACGUGACAGAGGGGAGCUCACGACCUUCACCAGGUGCUCAACUGAAUGAUCCAGAAAACCUACAUUUUCUGGUUGAUGCAGAUGGUCAGUUCAGUGAUCAAGAAAACCUUCCACAAAACUAUCCACAAACCGGCCCAGAUUCUGUACUAGAUGCUCAACCCAGUGAUGUAGAAAACCCUCAUGAAAACCUUCUACAAAACCAUCCACAAAGCGCCCCAGGGUCUUUAUCAGGUUCUCAAAUUACAAUAUUACUCAACUGUUUUAGAGCAUUGAGGAGUAGGCUUUGUGGAUGGAAUAAGUCAGAUCGGGAUAUGAGGAGGUCGAAACUGAAAAGCACAAUAGUAAAUAGUCGCCAGUUGAUCAUGCGAAGAUAUAGCCAUGAAGAACGGCGAGCGAUAGCUUUCUUGAGCACACAAACAACAGAUGACCCACAGCUUCCUCGGGAAUGGAAAAGAUUCCUUCUAUACCACCGUCUAGCGUGGAACAUUUUUCUUAUAAGCAAGCAAGGGAAAAACUUAUCAGGAUGGCAGGUUCAGUUACUUGUAUGGACCUUCUGUUGCUGGCAAUGGAAAGACAAUGUCAACUGUAUUAUGAAGGAUUGGAAGAAGCUUGUGUCUAUAAAGGAUGACACUGUAAAUGAUGAGAACCCCUCAUUCAAAACUAUUGUUGAGCAUUAUGUUGACAGAAAUGUAGAACCUGAGGAAAGGCAUAAAUGGCAGUUCCUAAUUCAGAUUUUAUUCAAAUAUGAUGUCACCAUGGAGAGCAUUCAAUCUUUUGAAAAGUUUCGACUACAUUGUGACAUUGGAUAUCCCCUUCGGCUUCCUCCAAAUGCCAUAGAGUCAAUCAGCAGCAUCUCCAACUUGGAAUCUCUCUAAGAAAUGUUGUAUUUCUUGUUAAGUGGAAGAUGAAUCAGAGUUAUUAGAACCUCAAAAAUUAUUAGUGCAAGUCCGAAAGCAAGAGCUAAGUAAUUUAUUAUCCUCUAAUACUAUUGCCCAUGCCGUCACCUACUAACAAAACAGUGUCUCCAGCCGACUACGCAUCGAGUGACUUCUAGAGGCUUCAGUCCACAUGAUUCUUGUGUUGCAUUCUUUCAACAGUCCAUCAUUCAUUUUGUAACUAAUUCUUAUCCAGAGUCUUCUAUGUAUCUUCUUAUAAGUUCAAUUGCAAGGGCCUGUAUUCAGUAGAGCCCAUUUAUGGGUUUCUCUCCUGUCUCUUCCCCUAUGCAUUUCUGUGUGUAUUUCUGUUUUUAUCAUGGUAUCAGAGCCGAUGGUGAAGAUCUUGGAUGUCGAGUGUACCAGAGUUAGUCAAUACAAAAGGAUAGAUCAAUGGUUUUCCCAUGAUCUGGUUUGUUUCUCUGUGUUUGUGCUCCAGUUUGCAGCUAGUGUGUCGUGUUAUGACUCUGUGUUUUGUAUGGCUGGGAGUUGUCGAAUCAGUUACAUGUCAGAUGCAUCUCUGUGCAGAUUUAAUCAUUUUAUUUCAUGCUGAUUGCGUAGAGUUUCUUGAGUUUUAAUCUGUGGGCAUCUUGGAUGGAUUUGGAGAAGAAAUUGUGAGAAUAGUGUUGCCUAUGUCAUCUGCAUAUUCAUCAUUGUUGUCAAUUUCCAUUGACUGAAUCACAUUUGGGGCAGUCAGUUUAAUUUCUCUGUAAUGGGGUUACUCUCCGUAUUUAUGGGCAAUGUCCUCAUUAUUUUCACGCAGGGGUACUUGGCUUUGAUAGGCAUGCUUGUUGCAUAUUGGUUUACCAUGCUUUCUGAGUGGACUACGUGGAUAAUGGUUGCACUGUUGACUUAUAAUGUUGUCGUUGUCUUGAUCCCCAGUGGCCCUCUAUGAAUACCUGUAGGGCUUGCUAUGUCCAGAGAUGAGGAAAGCCUGUAUCUAUAUGUGGAAUUCUCUGUUCUGUUUGUGUUCUGUUUUCAUAAGGAGUUUCCAGCAAGUCUGAUCAUGUUUGAAAUGUUUUUGGUUGGAGGUGACAAAAUUAGUGUUUUGAUGCAAGGCGGUGCAUGAUUGGUGGUACACAACACUCUAGAGUUUGUGGUAUACAUUAUUGAUGAACCAUGUAUGUAUCUAAAAAGCACUCUUAUAGAACUGGCAAGCACAGUGGCUGGUUAACUAUGUGUCUCAGUAGAUGGUUUGCUUUUUAUAUGGACUCAAUAAUUUUAGAAAAAAAUUCUGAAGUGAUGAAAGUUUCCCCAUCAUGAUGGUCAUUGGAACCAUGUUAGUGCUGAGUCUCUUGUGAUGGUUUGUGGUAUGCCAAAACCACUUGUUUGGGUGAAAAAAACCAAAGUAAUGUGAAAUUCAAAUUGAUUGUAUCAAUUGGGGAAAACCCAAAUGGUUAUGAGUAAACUGGUUAAAAACCGAAAAGUUCAAUAGAGCCCAUUUAUGGGUU